UGAAAUUCUGACUACUUUAAAGUAUUUAACCUCAAUUAACCUGAUGUCUCACUAUCAUCUUCAACAAAUUCCUAAUUUUGUAUUCUUAACAACAGAAGCUCUUAAAAUAACUUGACAUCUGAUGCCCCAAAGUGUUGAAGACUGUGCUAAUACUAUAAGCUGCCCUGGGGAAAAUUUCUUUUUCUUAUAAUAUCAGAUUCUACUUGGUCACUGUGGUAGGUUUCAUCUUUUCUCUGAAAUGAUGCAAAACCAAAGCUUUGUUACUGAGUUCAUCCUCUUGGGGCUUUCACAGAAUCCAAACAUUCAGAAAAUAGUAUUUGUUGUAUUUUUGUUUAUCUACAUUGCAACAGUUGGGGGCAAUUUACUAAUUGUAGUGACCAUCAUCAGCAGCCCGGCACUCCUGGGCUCCCCCAUGUACUUCUUUCUAGGCUUCCUGUCCUUCCUCGAUGCAUGCUUCUCCUCCGUCAUAGCCCCAAAGAUGAUUCUGGACUCCCUCUAUGAGAGGAAAACCAUCUCCUUCGAGGGCUGCAUGACCCAGGUAUUUGCUGAACACUUCUUUGGUGGAGUGGAGAUGAUUGUUCUCACUGCCAUGGCCUAUGACCGCUAUGUGGCCAUUUGCAAGCCGUUGCAUUACUCCUCUAUCAUGAACUGGAGGCUCUGUGGCAUUCUGAUGGGGGUAGCCUGGACAGGGGGCUUCUUGCAUUCUGUGAUACAAAUUCUCUUUACUUUCCAGCUGCCCUUUUGUGGCCCCAGUGUCAUUGAUCACUUCUUUUGUGAUUUGUAUCCAUUAUUGGAGCUUGCCUGUACUGACACUCACAUCCUUGGCCUUUUGGUUGUUGUCAAUAGUGGUUUUAUCUGCAUCAUAAACUUCUCUUUGUUGCUUAUCUCCUACUGUGUCAUCUUGCUCUUGCUGAGAACUCAUAGCUCUGAAGGCCGGUGGAAAGCUCUCUCCACCUGUGGAUCUCACAUUGCUGUCGUGGUUUUGUUUUUCGUCCCUUGUAUAUUUGAGUAUGCACGAUCUCCAUCUGCUUUCUCCUUCGACAAGAUGGUGGCCAUAUUUUACACAAUCCUAACUCCCCUGCUCAAUCCUGUGAUUUACACUUUUAGAAAUAAGGAAGUGAAAAAUGCCAUGAGGAAAUUGUGGACCAGAUUGGUGAUGGUUUCUGAUGAAAAAUAAAACAUAAUACUUAAAAAAAAAAAAAAAAACAACUUCAAGAGGGGGAAAAAUAGACUUAGCCAAGAACUUUACGGAGGAUGUCCAUGUAAGACAGAAGGUAAUGUAAUGCAGCAUAAAACACUACAAUGGAGGCCCGGAAAUGCUACUUCUGCCCUUAGGUUACUCAUUAUCUAAGAGUUGGCAGCUCAAUAUCCUUACAGGUGAACAUAAGAGAGUUGAAUUUUAUUCUUAUUUAGAAUAUAAUAAGCAAAGGAAAUCACUAAAAAGAGAAAUCAAAUUAUCUACUUAACUUAUUGCCAUUCACACCAUGCUUUGAAGAAGUUUCCUGGAGGGAAGACAAAAAUA